UUUUUCUACAGAUCUAAAAGCAGUGCACAGCCACCCUUUUACACUCAUCUGCUACCUUCUCUGAGACUGCAGUCUAUGGGUGUCACCAUGGGGACGAAUGGUUUCCUCUUCAGCUGCCUCACCACAGCUGUACUGAUCCAACUCUCCACCGCCGGCCUGGUCAAGACGGUCAUCCGCCACCGGAGGGAGACCCUGAUGCCCAAGAAAACCCAAGAGAACCUGACUCUCCCUCAUCCCGACCAGCCUGUGGUGUUCAACCACGUCUACAACAUCAACGUCCCCUCCACCUCCCUCUGCUCUGUGGACCUCGACUCGCCUGGAGGGGGCGGUGUCAAGCACAAGAGCGCCUCGAUGGACAUGCAGAGCACCGAACACAUGGAGCACACCGUCGAUGGCGACAACCAGAUCGUUUUCACUCACCGUAUCAACAUCCCCAAACAAGCCUGUGGCUGUGACAACCAGCUGCCGGACAUCAAAGACAUCCUGAACAGACUGGAGAUGUUGGAGUCUGAGCUGUCUAGUCUGAGGGAGCAGUGCACCAGUGGAGCCGGCUGUUGUGGAGCUCAGGCUACAGGAGAGGUGUCUACAAAGCCAUUCUGUAACGGACGUGGAAACUGGAGCACGGAGACCUGCAGCUGCUCCUGCGAACCCGGAUGGAAGGGCCACAACUGCACGGAGCCGGAGUGCCCCAAUGAUUGCCAGGACCAAGGUCGCUGUGUGGAUGGGAGAUGUGAAUGCUUUGAAGGCUUCAGUGGGGAUGACUGUGGUGUUGAGCUCUGCCUGCUGGACUGUGGCGACUACGGUCACUGUGUUGAAGGGUCCUGUCUUUGUGAAGAAGGCUUCAUUGGUGAAGACUGUUCUCAGACUAACUGCCUUAACAACUGCCUGGGUCGUGGGCGCUGUGUUGACGAAGAGUGCGUUUGUGAUGAGCCAUAUACGGGCUUUGACUGCUCUGAGCUCAUCUGUCCCAACGACUGCUUCGACCGAGGACGCUGCAUCAAUGGAACCUGCGAAUGUGAAGAGGGGUUCACUGGAGAUGACUGUGGAGAGCUCAGCUGUCCUGAAAACUGCAGCAAACAUGGCAAGUGUGUGGACGGCCAAUGUAAGUGUGAGAUAAACUACGGUGGAGAGGACUGCUCAAAGCUUCUGUGUCCCCAAAACUGCAAUGAGAGAGGCCAUUGCUUUAAUGGGAAGUGCAUAUGUGAUCCUGGCUUUGAAGGUGACGAUUGCUCAGUCCUCUCAUGCCUUGACAACUGCAGCAACAGGGGUCAGUGCAUUAAUGGAGAAUGCAUUUGCGACAUAGGAUACGAAGGGGAAGACUGCAGUGAGCUCUCCUGCCCCAACAACUGCCAAGAACAGGGCCGCUGUGUCGAUGGGCAGUGCAUAUGUGAGAAAGGCUUUGCAGGUGAAGACUGCAGUAUCAAGACAUGUCCUAAAGAAUGCCAUGGAAGAGGGGAUUGCAUAGACGGAAAAUGUGUGUGUUUUGUGGGUUUUACGGGAAAAGACUGCAGCGAACUGACCUGCCCGAAUGACUGCCUGGACCGCGGUCACUGUGUGGACGGCCAGUGUGUUUGCCACCAGGGUUUCACUGGUGAGGAUUGCAGUGAGAAGACGUGCCCCAAGAACUGCCACAACAGAGGCCGCUGUGUAGACGGUCAGUGCGUUUGCCACCAGGGUUUCACAGGCGAAGACUGCCAUGAGAAGACAUGCCCUGAGAACUGCCAUGACAGGGGGCGCUGUGUAGACGGCCAGUGCAUUUGUCAGGAAGGGUUCACAGGUGAAGACUGCAGUGAGAAGACGUGCCCAAAGAACUGCCAUGACAGAGGCCGCUGUGUGGACGGCCAGUGCGUUUGUCAGGAAGGGUUCACAGGCGAAGACUGCAGUGAGAAGACGUGCCCGAAUAAUUGCCACGACAGAGGCCGCUGUGUUGACGGUCAGUGUGUUUGUCACCAGGGUUUCGUUGGUGAAGACUGCAGUGAGAAGACGUGCCCUAAGAACUGCCUAGAGAGAGGUCACUGCAGAGACGGUGUCUGUGUAUGUUAUGAAGGUUUCACGGGGCUGGACUGCUCUGCGCUGAGCUGUCCAGAAGACUGCCACCACCAGGGGCGCUGUGAAAAUGGAGUGUGUGUCUGUGACGAAGGCUUCAUUGGAGAGGACUGCUCUGAAGUCUCACCACCCAAGGACCUCACGGUUGUGGAGGUGACUCCUGAGACGGUGGACCUAUCCUGGGAGAAUGAGAUGCGAGUGACAGAGUACCUGAUCACCUACGUGCCCACGGCCCCUGGCGGUCUGGAGCUCGACAUGCGGGUACCUGGGGACCAGAAGGAGGCCACCAUUCGGGAGCUUGAGCCUGGUGUGGAGUACCUGAUCAGUGUCUAUGCUGUACUCAGCAACAAGAAGAGCGUUCCUGUCAGCGCUCGCGUGGCAACACAUCUCCCCAAGCCCGAGGGUCUUAAGUUUAAGUCAGUUCGAGAGACGUCAGUGGAAGUGCAGUGGGACCCCCUGGAUAUCCCAUUUGAUGGUUGGAACCUCAUCUUCAGAAACACAAAAGAGGAGGACGGUGAGAUUCUCAACUCUCUGGGCCGGCCGGAGACCACCUUCGAGCAGUCGGGUCUGGGUCCAGGCCAGGAGUACGAGGUCAAACUGGAGGUGGUGAAGAACAAAAAACGUGGGCCGCCUGCCUCGAAGAACAUCGUCACAAUGAUCGAUGCUCCCGGCCAGGUGGAUGUGCGAGAUGUGACGGACACCACGGCGCUGGUCACCUGGUUCCAUCCGGUGGCACACGUGGACGGGGUCAGCGUCUCCUUCGGGCCCAGCCUGAACCCAGCAGAUCGUAACGUGGUGGAGCUGUCAUCUGCUGACACACAGUACCACCUGGCUGGCCUCAGCCCUGAUACGCGGUACGAGGUGUCUCUGACGGCAAAGAGGGGGGAGCAGAGCAGCAUACCGGUGUAUGACUCCUUCCUUACAGACCUGGACGCUCCCAGAGACCUUCAGACGGUGGAAAUAACAGACGAGAGCAUCACUCUGGAGUGGAGAAACAGUAAGGCUCAGGUGGACCAGUACCGCAUCAAGUACGGCCCGCUGUCUGGAGGCGACCACGGAGAACUGCUCUUCCCGCCCGGAGCCAGGGACUCCACCCAGGCCAAAAUCACCGGCCUGAGACCGGGGACGGAGUACGGGAUGGGAGUAACCGCGGUGACAGAUGAGAGGGAAAGUCUGCCCACCACCACCAACGCAGUCACAGCCCUGGACGCCCCCAGAGAGCUGACUGUAGCAGAGGUGACAGAGACCACCAUGAUGCUGGAGUGGAAGCGGCCUCUGGCCAAGCUGGACUCCUACCGGCUGGUCUACGUGUCGGCUGACGGUCAGAGGGCUGAAGACUCGGUCCCCGGCACCUCAGAGUCUCACACCCUGCGGGGCCUGAACCCCGGCAUGAUGUACACCGUUGGCGUCACCGCCGAGAGGGGUCGCAGGAGCAGCGCGCCCGCCACUGUCUCAGCUGCCACAGCGGAGGAGAAGCCGGCGGUGACCAACGUCACCGUCAGCGACGUAUCGUGGGAGAGCUUCCUCCUGUCCUGGUCUGCUGACGACGGGGCGUUCGACGCCUUUCUGAUCGAGGUUACCGACGCGGAGACGGGCGCCGAGUGGCAGAACCACACGGCGCCCACAGACGCUCGCAGCCUCGUCGUCUCGGGCCUCUCCCCUGGCACCUGGUACAAGGCCGCCCUGUACGGGGUGCACACAGGGGCGCUCUUAGAGCCUGUGUUUGCAGACACCAUCACAGAGACUGAACCGGAUGUGCAGGCUCUACAAGUCUCCAGCAUCACUCCAGAGAGUUUUGUGCUGGCCUGGAUGGCCGAGGAGGAUGCCUUUGACACGUUUGUCCUGAUGCUCAGCGAGGUCAAAGACCCAGGCCAACCAAGAGAGGUGGUGCUGGGCGGCGAGGAGAGAAAUGUCACUAUGAGCGAUCUCACAGAGGACACAGAAUACACCGUUGAGAUCUUUGGGCUCAUUUUGGGAAGACGCUCCAAGUCUGUAAGAGAGGGGGUGAGAACAGACCUGGGCUCACCAAAGGGCAUCCGCUUCUCUGGAGUGACCGACACAUCAGCCACCGUUCACUGGCUGACUCCAAGAGCUCGGGUGGACAACUACCAGGUCACCUACAUGCCUGCCCAUGGAGGUGUUGCGAAGACGCUGACGGUGGACGGCUCGCAGUCGCUCACCGUGCUGCCGAACCUGACGCCUGGGGUCACCUAUGAGGUCACCAUCGUUGCCGUGAAGGAGCAGAGGGAGAGUGAGCCUGGAUCUGACAGCGUCACCACAGCUCUGGAUAAGCCCCGUGGACUGACCGCAGUCAACAUCACAGACACUGAGGCCCUGCUGCUGUGGCAACCUGCCAUUGCAACUGUAGAAGGUUAUGUCAUCACAUAUAGCGCAGAUUCUGUGACUCCAGUGAUGGAGCGUGUGUCUGGAAACGUGGUGGAGUUUGAGAUGAGCUCGCUGAAGCCAGCUACGCUCUACACUGUGAAGGUCUACGCGGUGAGGGACUUGGCCAAGAGUGCAGCCACCACAACAGAGUUCACCACAGAUGUAGACGCUCCUCAGGACCUGGCAGCUACCAACAUCCAGACGGAAAGCGCCAUGCUCACCUGGAAGCCUCCCCGGGCCGACAUCAGUGGUUACCUCCUCCACUUUGAGUCUGCUGUCGGCACCAUCCACGAGGUGGUCCUGAGCCCCACCGCUGUGUCGUACAACAUGGCCGACCUCAGCGCAUCAACAGAAUAUUCAGUGAAGCUGGAAGCUCUCGCUGGUCCCAAGAGGAGCCAAGUCAUCUCUACCGUCUUCACCACCACCGGUGUGCUGUACAGACACCCCAGAGACUGCUCACAGGCCCUGCUGAACGGCGACACCUCAUCAGGCAUGCACACCAUCUACCUGGGUGGAGACGAGAACCAACCGCUGCAAGUCUACUGCGACAUGAGCACCGAUGGAGGCGGAUGGAUCGUUUUCCUGCGACGUCAGAGUGGCAGACUGGAGUUCUUCCGCAACUGGAAGAAUUAUACGGCUGGUUUUGGUGACAUGAACGAUGAGUUCUGGCUUGGUCUGUCCAACCUGCAUAAGAUCACAUCUGGAGGCCAGUACGAGCUGCGGGUCGACCUGAGAGACAAAGGAGAGAUGGCCUUCGCUCAGUAUGACAGGUUCUCUGUCUCAGAACCUCGGACCCGCUACAAAGUCCAUGUCGGAGGAUACAGUGGCAAUGCAGGUGACUCUAUGACCUACCAUCAUGGCCGCCCAUUCUCCACCUAUGACCAUGACAACGACAUUGCCGUGACCAACUGUGCUCUGUCCUAUAAGGGAGCCUUUUGGUACAAAAAUUGUCACAGGGUCAACCUGAUGGGUCGCUAUGGAGACAACAGCCACAGCAAGGGCGUAAACUGGUUCCACUGGAAAGGCCACGAACACUCCAUCGAGUUUGCCGAGAUGAAGAUCCGUCCGUCCAACUUCAGAAAUCUGGAAGGAAGGAGGAAACGGUCUUAAAUGACCCGGAGAGCACCGCCUCCACCACCACAACCAUCAUCAUCAACAACAAAACACUACAUCUGUGUGUGCCCCUCCACCUGUCCAACACGUUCUCCACACACAACAACCCUGCAGCAACCAAAGCCUUCAACAAGACCCCUCCA